GCUAACAAUCCUGACCCGUCCUGAUCGAGUGGUAUGCUUGGUCUCGUUUUGUGGUUUUGUUCGAGUUGAGGAUGGAUGUCAUUUUAAACCAGAGUGACGUUUUAAACCAAAGCGCGCCCGGCGAGGAAACGUUCCGUUUCGAUGACAUCGAAGAGGGAGCGGACGGGAAUCCCUUUCUUAGGAUUCUCAUCUCGGUGGUCUACUCGGUGGUCUGCGCCGUGGGGCUGGUGGGGAAUCUCCUCGUUUUCUAUCUCAUGAGGCUACGACAAGGUCGGAAGAAGUCGUCUAUCAACUUUUUUAUUAUCAACUUGGCCGUGACCGACUUCCAGUUCGUGCUGACGCUGCCCUUCUGGGCGGUGGACACGGCUCUGGACUUCAGCUGGCCCUUCGGGAACGCCAUGUGCAAAGUUGUGCUCUCUGUCACGGUGAUGAACAUGUACGCCAGCGUCUUUUUCCUCACGGCCAUGAGCGUCACCAGGUACUUGUCCGUUACUUCGGCGCUCAAGAGAUCCACCCACAGAUGGUCGAGGUGCGUCAAGUGGGUGUGCGCCGUGCUUUGGGUCGCGGCCACUUUGGCCACGGCUCCCACGGCGCUCUUCUCCACGGUCACCGUGGUCGCCGGAGAAAAACUAUGCCUCCUGAAAUUCCCGGAAGGACACGACUGGCUCGCCCUUUAUCACAUCCAAAAAAUACUCGUCGCUUUCAUUAUCCCCCUGUUCAUCGUCUCCGUCAACUACCUGCUGCUUCUGCGCUUCAUUAAACGCAAGAGCAUGUGCACCAGCAACCGAAAUAGGAGGUCGAAAGUGACCAAAUCCGUGGCCAUUGUUGUUUUAUCCUUUUUCUUCUGUUGGAUGCCAAACCACGCCAUCACUUUCUGGGGCGUUUUGGUCAAAUUUAACGCAGUCAACUGGGAUCAGUCCUACUACAUGGUGCACGCGUACGUGUUCCCAGUCACCGUGUGCUUGGCGCACGCCAACAGCUGCUUGAACCCCAUGUUGUACUGUCUCAUGAGGCCAGAGAUCCGAAAGAUGCUUAGUGCUUUAUUCUGGAGAGCUCCGAGUCCAUGCGCCAACAACAACGGCAAGGGCUGCUGCAGGGCGCCCUCUCUUACGCACGGGCACAUCCAAGCAGUCCGCACUACUGACAAUGUUGAGUUCACCUUGGCUGUUAUUGAUCACAGAUGAUCUGCAAGCGUCACAAUGAAUGAAGUCCUUUAAUUCAUGAUCUUCACUUCACCUUGUGAAAAUGAUCAUCGUGCGUAAUGCUAAAUAUUUGUAAAUAUAUAUAUAUUGGUAAAUAUUUAUAUAUGGCAUCAUGUCAAGGUUUGGUUUAUUUAUUCACAUAUUUGAUUAUUGAUUACUAAUUUAUGCAAGAUUCCCAUGGAUGACGUUACUUCACUGCACUGCUACGUAAACGCGAAUCGCUAUUU